CUUUUAGCUCGCUUUAGCACGAGCCGCGAUGCUUUUAAACCCAAAGAGCGGGGCGGAAAACGUGCCGAGUGGCGAUCAUCUGGAACGAAAAGUCUGAGCCAGCCAGCAAACCGCAAUAUUCACCGCACGAUCAAAUUCAAAAGUACCCAUCCAACGAAUCAGAAAAUAGCCAAACCUUAGUAACGGUGGUCUGCACCUCACAUGAUCACCAUAACGGCUCGGCGACAUAUCCACUGAUCUGAACAGGCAACCCUACAGAACGCGUCGACCGAGCUUACUCUUUUUCCUUGUUUGAAUUGUCUUCCUAUGUUUAGAGUUUACUUAGGGUUGAAGUCCAGAUCUAUUGCAAUUUGAGGUAUUCAUUGCUUUAUGCCUAGUUAAAUUAGACUUUUCGAGUUGAAUUUCAACUUGAAAAAUGGCGAAAGUUUCUGAUAAUUGGGGAAGGUUAGUCCGAGCAACUCUCCGGAGAGAGCAGCUACGAGUUGCCGGACAAAGUCAUGAGAGAAAAGCCAGUGGUCUUGCUAGUGCAGUUCCUGAUUCGCUUCAACGGACCACAAAUAUCAAUGCGAUCUUGCAAGCUGCUGAUGAGAUUCAAGCGGAGGAUGCGCAUGUUGCUAGGAUAUUGUGUGAGCAGGCAUAUAGCAUGGCUCAAAAUUUGGACCCAAAUAGUGAUGGAAGAGGAGUUCUUCAGUUUAAAACCGGUUUAAUGUCUGUGAUCAAGCAAAAACUAGCCAAAAAAGAUGGAGGGAGGAUAGAUCGUAAUCGUGAUGCUCAACACCUGUGGGAUUUCUAUCAGCGUUACAAACGAGUGCAUAGAGUUGAUGAAAUCCAAAGAGAGGAACAAAGAAUGCUUGAAUCUGGAACUUUCAGUUCUGAUAUGGGAGGUUUGGGACUGAGGUCUCAAGAAACUAAAAAGGUAUUUACCACACUGAGAGCUCUUGUUGAGGUAAUGGAAAUCCUUAGCAAAGAUGCUGCACCUGAUGGAGUUGGCAGAUAUAUUGCAGAAGAGAUAAAAAGGUUAAAGAAAACAGAUAAAGGAUUGUCGGGGGAUCUAACACCUUACAACAUUGUUCCACUUGAUGCACCAUCUUUGACAAAUGCUAUUGGGUUCUAUCCAGAGGUUAGAGCUGCAAUAUCUGCACUUAGAUAUCAUGAAGAGUUCCCUAGACUUCCACCUGAUUUUGAGGUUCCUGCACAGCGUAACUUAGACAUGUUUGAUCUUCUCGAAUUUGUGUUUGGUUUUCAGAAAGACAAUAUCAGGAAUCAACGUGAGAAUGUUGUUCUCUCUUUAGCAAAUGCUCAAUCACGACUUGGCAUACCAACUGAAGCUGAUCCAAAACUAGACGAGAAAGCUAUUACAGAAGUUUUUCUAAAGGUUCUUGAUAACUACAUCAAAUGGUGCAAAUAUCUGCGUAUACGUCUGGUUUGGAACAGCAUACAAGCCAUUAACAAGGACAGGAAGCUUUUCUUGGUUUCACUGUACUAUUUAAUCUGGGGUGAAGCUGCAAAUGUCCGUUUUCUUCCAGAAUGCAUUUGCUAUAUAUUCCACCAUAUGGCCAGGGAAUUGGAUGCUAUUUUGGAUCAUGGACAAGCUAGCCCUGCUCAGAGUUGUAUUUGUGAAGAUAAUUCAGUGUCCUUUUUGGCACAAGUCAUUCAACCAAUUUACAACACACUCUCUAAGGAAGCGGAACGAAACAAUAAUGGGAAAGCUGCCCAUUCAGCAUGGAGGAAUUAUGAUGAUUUCAAUGAAUAUUUCUGGUCACCUACUUGCUUCAGUUUGAGCUGGCCUAUGAAGGAGGAUUCACCAUUUCUUCGAUCCACUAAGAAAAAAAGGACUGGAAAAAGCACUUUUGUGGAGCAUCGAACGUUCCUUCACUUGUACCGGAGUUUUCAUCGUAUGUGGAUAUUUUUAGUAGUCAUGUUCCAGGUGUUGACAAUAAUAGCCUUUGAUCAUGGAAACCUAAACCUCAAUACAUUUAAAACAUUGCUUAGCAUUGGUCCAACCUAUGCUAUCAUGGAGUUUGUGGAAUGUAGCUUGGAUGUACUGUUAAUGUUUGGGGCAUACAGCACAGCAAGAGGCAUGGCAAUUUCAAGGCUGGUUAUUAGGUUCUUCUGGGGUGCAUUGAGCUCAGUGUUUAUCACAUACGUCUAUGUAAAACUUUUGCAGGAAAGAAAUGAUAAUAACUCAAAUUCAAUGUAUUUUCGAUUAUAUUUACUUGUUGUGGGUGUUUAUGCUGGUGCACGCUUUCUCUUUGCAAUGCUACUAAAAAUUCCAGCCUGUCAUUCGUUAUCUCAAAAGUCUGAUCAGCCAUUUUUCCAAUUUUUUAAGUGGAUUUACGAGGAGCGAUAUUUUGUUGGGCGUGGUCUUUAUGAGAGGCCAAUGGAUUACAUAAGAUACGUGCUUUACUGGAUGGUGGUCUUUGCUUGCAAGUUUACUUUCACCUACUUCCUUCAGAUCCGACCAUUGGUGGAGCCCACCAACAUUAUCAAGGACCUUCCCAGGCUGCAAUAUUCCUGGCGUGAUCUUGUCUCAAAGGAUAAUUAUAAUGCUCUUACCUUAGUGAGCAUAUGGGCCCCUGUAGUGGCUAUCUACCUUAUGGAUAUUCAUAUUUGGUACACUCUCUUAUCUGCAAUUGUUGGUGGUGUAAUGGGUGCACGUGGACGAUUAGGCGAGAUCCGGUCAAUUGAGAUGGUUCAUAAACGGUUUGAGAGUUUCCCAGAGGCCUUUGUUAAGCAACUUGUGUCUUCACAAGCAAAAAGGGCACCUAUUAAUGGACAUUUAGGUCCUGAAGACAAUAAUGACAAGGCCUAUGCUGCCCAGUUUUCCCCAUUUUGGAAUGAAAUAAUUAAAAGUCUGCGUGAAGAAGAUUACAUCAGUAAUAGGGAAAUGGACUUGCUUUCAAUGCCAAUCAACACUGGAAGUCUUGGAUUAGUUCAAUGGCCUUUGUUUCUGUUAAGCAGCAAGAUAUAUUUGGCGAUUGACUUAGCUAUAGACUGCAAGGAUAAUCAAUCAGAGCUUUGGGGUAGAAUCAUCAGGGAUGAAUAUAUGGCAUAUGCUGUCCAGGAAUGCUACUACAGCAUUGAGAAGAUCCUACUUGCUUUAGUUGAUGGAGAAGGAAAGCUAUGGGUUGAAAGAAUCUUUCGUGAGAUCAACAAUAGUAUGUCAAAUGGUUCACUCCUUGUGACUUUAGAUUUUAAAAAGCUUCCUUUGGUGCUGUCAAGAUUUAAUGCAUUGACCGGUCUUCUGAUCAUGGAUGAAAAACCUGAACUUGCAAAAGGAGCUGCUAAAGCUGUAUAUGAGUUAUAUGAGGUGGUCACUCAUGGUCUUUUGUCACCUGAUCUAAGUGAGCAGCUUGAUACAUGGAAUAUAUUAGCAAAGGCAAGAAAUGAAGGACGCCUAUUUGCCAAUAUCAGAUGGCCUAGAGAUCCCGACAUUAAGGAGCAGGUGAAGCGGUUGCACUUACUUUUAAAAAUGAAGGAUUCUGCUGCUAAUGUCCCCAAGAAUCUUGAAGCAAGAAGAAGAUUAGAGUUUUUUACAAAUUCUCUUUUCAUGCAUAUGCCUCCAGCAAAGCCAGUUAGUGAAAUGAUGCCAUUCUGUGUCUUUACACCCUACUACAGCGAGACAGUACUUUAUAGUUACCAUGACUUAUGGGCAGAAAAUGAAGAUGGAAUCUCUACCAUUUUCUAUCUUCAGAAAAUCUUUCCAGAUGAAUGGGAGAAUUAUCUAGAACGAAUAGGCAGUGUUAAUACUGGAGAUGUGGAACUUCAACGUAGUGCUACAGAUGAAUUGGAGCUUCGAUUUUGGGUGUCUUAUCGUGGACAGACCUUAGCCAGGACAGUGCGUGGUAUGAUGUAUUACAGGAGGGCUUUGAUGCUUCAGAGUUAUUUAGAGAACAGAUCAUUAGGAGUAGCUCACCCUCAAGCAGCCCUAUCACCUCAAGGUUUUCAAGAGUCACGUGAAGCUCGAGCACAAGCUGAUUUGAAGUUCACAUACGUUGUUUCAUGUCAAAUUUAUGGACAGCAAAAACAACGUAAGGAGAAAGAGGCCACUGAUAUUGGUCUUUUGCUGCAAAGGAAUGAGGCACUUCGAGUUGCUUUCAUACAUGUUGAAGAAGUCCCAGGUGGUGAUGGAAGGAUCACAAAAUCGUUUUAUUCGAAGCUUGUGAAAGCUGAUAUCAAUGGAAAAGACCAGGAAAUAUAUUCCAUAAAACUCCCUGGCGACCCCAAACUUGGAGAAGGAAAGCCUGAAAAUCAAAACCAUGCCAUAGUUUUCACACGUGGAGAAGCAAUUCAAACCAUAGACAUGAACCAGGAUAAUUAUCUUGAAGAGGCAAUGAAAAUGAGAAACCUCCUUGAGGAAUUUCGAGCAGAUCAUGGUUUACGACCUCCAACUAUUCUUGGUGUUAGAGAGCAUGUUUUUACUGGAAGUGUUUCUUCCCUGGCAUGGUUUAUGUCCAACCAAGAGACAAGUUUUGUUACAUUGGGACAACGUGUUUUGGCAUAUCCUCUCAAAGUCCGGAUGCAUUAUGGACAUCCUGAUGUGUUUGAUCGAAUAUUCCAUAUUUCUCGAGGUGGAAUAAGUAAGGCAUCACGUGUUAUUAAUAUCAGUGAAGAUAUAUAUGCAGGGUUCAAUUCCACCUUGAGACAGGGUAACAUCACGCAUCAUGAGUACAUACAGGUUGGUAAAGGAAGAGAUGUUGGGUUAAAUCAAAUUGCCCUUUUUGAAGGCAAAGUUGCAGGUGGAAAUGGAGAACAAGUUUUAAGCAGGGAUGUCUACAGAAUUGGUCAACUCUUUGACUUUUUCAGAAUGCUCUCUUUCUACUUCACCACAGUUGGUUACUAUGUCUGCACAAUGAUGACAGUUCUAACAGUCUAUGUUUUCUUGUAUGGGAGGGCAUAUCUGGCUUUCUCAGGACUUGAUGAGGGGAUUAGUAGUAGAUCUAGAAUACUGGGUAAUACUGCAUUCAGUGCAGUUUUGAAUACUCAAUUCUUAGUCCAAAUUGGAGUAUUUACUGCAGUUCCAAUGGUUAUGGGUUUCAUACUUGAACUUGGGCUACUCAAGGCCAUUUUCAGUUUCAUUACAAUGCAACUUCAGCUAUGCUCUGUAUUCUUCACGUUCUCAUUAGGAACUAGAACUCAUUAUUUUGGAAGAACAAUCUUACAUGGUGGUGCUAAGUACAGAGCAACUGGUAGAGGCUUUGUUGUACAACAUAUAAAAUUUGCCGAUAACUACAGGCUCUACUCAAGAAGUCAUUUUGUGAAGGCGCUGGAAGUGACAUUGCUUCUUAUAGUUUAUAUUGGUUAUGGGUACACUGAAGGAGGUAGUGUUUCGUAUGUUCUGCUGACACUGAGCAGUUGGUUUCUUGUGGUUUCAUGGCUGUUUGCACCGUAUAUCUUCAACCCAUCUGGCUUCGAAUGGCAGAAGACUGUGGAAGAUUUUGAUGAUUGGACUAAUUGGCUUAUGUAUAAAGGUGGAGUUGGAGUGAAAGGAGACAAUAGCUGGGAAUCCUGGUGGGAUGAAGAACAGGCACAUAUCCAGACAAUCAGAGGGCGUAUACUUGAAACUAUCUUGAGCUUGAGGUUCUUCAUAUUUCAAUACGGGAUAGUCUACAAGCUCCAUCUCACUGGAAAUAAUACAUCAUUAUCGCUUUACGGAUUCUCAUGGGUGGUGUUAGUUGGGAUUGUGAUGAUAUUCAAGAUCUUCACAUUCAGCUCGAAGAAGUCAAACUUCCAGCUAUUCUUGAGAUUCGUUCAAGGAGCUGCAGCACUGAGCCUGAUUGCAGCCCUUUGCCUUGUUGUGAUCUUCACAAGGCUAACAGUGGCCGACUUGUUUGCCAGCGUGCUUGCUUUGAUUGCCACUGGGUGGGCCGUAAUAUGUCUGGCAAUCGCAUGGAAGGGAGUGUUGAGGAGGAUAGGACUAUGGGAUUCGGUACGAGAGUUUGCAAGAAUGUAUGAUGCUGGAAUGGGAAUGAUCAUAUUUGCACCGAUUGCAAUGUUGUCUUGGUUUCCAUUUGUGUCGACUUUUCAAUCUCGGUUGCUGUUUAAUCAAGCGUUUAGUCGUGGGCUUGAGAUAUCUCUCAUUCUUGCUGGGAACAAGGCUAACGUCCAGGCAUGAUUCUAAAUUUGUACAGAACAGGUUUUGUACAUUUCAGACUCUAAAUUAUCAUCUCAUCUUGUAUUAUUUUUGCUCCCUGACUAACAUGACAACAAGAUAUAGUACAAGCUUCAGUUUGGUUUUUUUAUUUUUAUUUUUAUUUUGUGAAUAUCCAUCUGUAAGAUUUUGUUUGCCUCUUCAACUACAAACUUUAGUUCCUUAAGCUUUGGGAGUUUGGAUAAUACUCGUAUUUUCUGAGAUGAAAUCCGCACUUUGUAGUAGUAUAAAGCAUUGUGAAUGGUAUUAUUAUCAUGCUCUUACUUGCAGUUUCAUCAAGGGUGGUGCUAAAUGCCAU